UGAUUGGGCGAGAUAAUUGUAAGAAUGAAAUUCCUGACUGCGUGUUUGCUGCUGGCUGUGAGCCUGGGGGCUGAGGGUGCGAGGGAGAAGGUGCUUCUGCACUACCACGAGAAUGUCGGCAUCCAACGCGCGGCGGAGAUCAAGCAAGCCGAGCUGGCGGCUGACUUCGACGGCAGCAGGAUUGUUGGCGGCUCAGCUGCAGCGCUCGGGCAAUACCCUUACAUGGGUGGUCUAGUCAUCACGCUAACCAACGGCCUCACGUCAGUAUGCGGCUCUACUUUGAUCUCCAACACACGGCUGGUGACCGCCGCCCACUGCUGGUGGGAUGGCCGCAACCAGGCGAGACAGUUCACCGUCGUGCUCGGUUCCAUCCGGCUGUUCUUCGGAGGCACUCGCAUCAACACCAACAGAGUAGAGAUGCACGGAAGCUGGACCCCGGCCACCGUCAACAACGAUAUUGCUAUUAUAACCAUCAAUUCAGUCAGCUUCAAUAACAACAUCAGGAGCAUCGCGCUGGCAUCUGGUAGCGCCGACUUCGCCGGCCAGUGGGCGCAGGCUGCCGGUUUCGGAGCCACAAGAGACGGAGGUAGCGUGGGUAUCACCCAGACGUUGUCGCACGCUCGGGUCCAGGUCAUCACGAACGCGGCCUGCCAGCAGGUGUACGGCCCACAGGUCAUCAUUGCCUCAACCCUCUGUAUCAGCGGUGCUGGCGGCGUCAGCACCUGCCAUGGAGACUCCGGCGGCCCCCUCGUCAUCAACAACCAGCUGGUUGGUGUGACGUCAUUCGGCUCCGACACCGGCUGCCAGCGCAAUCUGCCCGCCGGCUUCGCUCGCGUCACCUCCUUCAACUCCUGGAUCCGCGCCCGCAUGUAAACGAAUUUGGUUCUUAAUUGUAACAAAUAAAGUCCGUUUUUCUAUA